AAUUAGUUAUUCGUUGACCAGAUUUUUUUGUUUGAGUCAGAAAAUCAAAUCGUUUUGUGAAUUCUGUAUAGAGAUACAGUUAUGUCGUUGAUUAUGUCCAACAAUCUGAUUAAAGCACAUACCACUUUGGCAAUACAAAUUGAAACUCGAUUAGUUUAGUUUUCCGGAUUAUGCAGGCAAAAGUUUUUUUUGAAUAACAUUGCAAUUAAUACUGAAAGUUUAAUUUGUUGCAACAAUGGAUAUGACUGAACAGUAAAUUUCCUCAUAAAUAACUCAUACCUUCGUCUAGAAACCACCAGUAAGCGAAGCCCGGUGUCAGAGUGGAUUCCAAGCCUUCACUAUCUCAUACUCCAAAAGAGAUUCUCCGGAAAACGAAACACAAGUCGCCGUCCCUUUCGAUGCUCCACCGCGAUAUACCAUCCCUGACCUUGAAUUGUGCACUGAGUAUGCCAUCCACAUGGCAGCAUCGAACAAAGAUUCAGACAGCGAGCUUAGCGACAAAGUUCACGCUAAAACAACAGAUGAAGUGGUAUCGGCUCCUAAAGACGUGAGAGUUACAGGUGUCACGCCCUCAACGGUAACCCUACAAUGGUCCAUCCUGAACUUUACCCAACCAUGUCUGGACAUCAGGGGUUACGAAAUACUGUACAGAAGAACAUAUCCAAGACCAGAGAAAAUGGGCAAAGUCAUCGCUGUAGAUUCCAAUAAGAAGGAAAUCGAGUACCCGAUCAAAAACCUAUGGCAAAAAACGAAUUUCUCCAUUCAGUACUUUACAUUACCCCGGUCAUCCCCAAAUAAUAGGGCAUAUACGUUCCGCUCCCUGGGGAGUAUUCCAGCAGGGCGCCAUCCUUUUUACGCCAUCCUACUGGAUGCCCAUUUAACAUCUGGGUGA